AUGGAGAACCAUGACGAGAGGCCUGAAGAGGGCAAGAAGCCAGCAUCGGCUGUUAUCAAACAGGACCAGAAUCUAAUCGCCAUCGUUAACAGCCUGCUGGAUAGCCUCAACGACAAAGAGGAGCUGCUGCGCAGUACGACGGAAGCUUCCCUGAUCCGGAUCGCUAAGCGCCGACAUGAUGAAAUCGUAGAAGUGUUGUGUGAGUACAGGAGGAAACAUCCGAAGCUGGGCGAUACGCACACUUUAAUAAUACUAAGGGUUAUAUCGUACAUCGGAUCCAACCUCAUCGAUGUAAUCGAUCCCAACACAGCAUCGAAAUGCAUCCAGUACAGCACGACCGAAAUAACGAAAAGCACCGAUCAGAACGCGGCUAUUCAGAACCCGUGUCGGGAAAUUCUGGUUGCUGUCGGCCGCCGCUACUGCAAGGAGAUAAUGGAGAUUUUCGUAAAACACUUGGAGGAAAACCAGCUGGGAAACUUCAUGAUCAUGCAAUCGAUUGGUGCGCUGGCCACGGCGAAUGUGAGGGACACCGUGCCGUACGUUAAAGCGAUCCUUGGCCUAAUACUGCCGACGCUGGCGAUCAUCAAGCAGGACUUUCUUCGGCAAGCGUACGCGUACGCCAUCGGGCGCUUUUGCGAGGCGUUCUCCGAGUACCAAGAGUACCAGCGUCAGAACCCCAACACCGAUGAAAUACCGAUGACGACGGUCGUCCGGUAUGAAAUUCACGACGAGAUAUCCAUCAUUUACGAUCACUUUCACGCCCAGUGGUUGUCGUCGCGUGAACCCAAGGUGACCGGCGAGGUGCUGAAUGCAUUCUCCUUCAUGUACCCCCUGCUGCCGGUGGAGAAGGUAAGCGACCAGCUACCAAAAACGCUGUCGCUUGUAAUGGCGCUGUAUCGGAAGAGCCUGGAUCGUAGCGCCAUCACGCAAUAUCUAGCAUCCAUCAUCAAAACGGUACUGCAGCUCAACUCCAAACUGCUUGCCCCAACGUCCGACAAUCUGAUAGUGUGUCUGUUCGACCUAGUGUGCGUUAAUCCGGACUACGACAAACCGCAGACGGUAAAGGGGCACUUUGAGGUGCUGCGCUGCUUCGACCUGCUGGCGCCCGAGUACGGUGAGAAAAUCAUCGAAAUACUGAUCAUUCACCUGCGCAACAACAACGAGCGCGAGCGCAUCAAGUCACUGUUGGUGGUGACGCACCUAACCAAUACCUCGGAGCAGGUAGUCCACGAUAAGCUACCGGAAAUUAUCGGCAUUCUCAAGGGCAUGCUGGCGACGGAGAAACCGAUAAAGGUGAAGAUAGUACUGCUGAAGACGGUGGUGGCGUUCAUGCAGAAGAACUUCGUGCAGGAUCGGGAGUUUGUCACGUUUCUGAUACGCAGCAGCUGUCGGCCGGCGAAGCUGAACCUCGACCACGGUACACUAGACGAGCAUCAGGAAUUUCAGCGCGCCUGCAACGACACAAUGCACAUCCUCUCGUCGACCGUCGGUACGGUAGAUGCGAUGCUAAAGCUGGAGUUGCUGCAGGCGUAUCUGCGCUACGAGUACACCGACAUCUGCGGCACCAUCGGCAAGUGUCUGGCGAACCUAUUCACCAAGGACCCUGAGCUAACGGUGGCGCUGUGCGAGCGGCACAAUCCGUUUGACGAGAACGUGCAAGCAGCGGAGGAAGUGCCUCCGCCGCCUCGGCCGGUGGCAGUUUUCGUGCGCACGCUCGCACUGCUCGGGAACUAUGGCGAGCAAGGGCGCAUUCAGCAUCUUCUAACGUUUCUGCGUAGCUACGCCGGGUGUCUCUACCGCCAGCUGGUGCCACUGUGGCUCGAGCAUACGACCGCACUGCAGACGGAGUUGGCAAGUGGCAUCGAUGAGCGGCGUUACUACGAGCUGCUGUUCCAAUUCCUACAGGCCACCAUCAAGGACGUGGACGAGUACAAGUUCGUUGAGAGCAUAAUCGCGGAGAUGUUCCACCAGCUGCCACUCUAUCAAGCGCCGGGUGCGGUCGGCAGCGGUGGCUCCUCUUCAGGCGCGCAGACUCACGAGUUCCGGGUACCGUCGCUCGAGCAAGAGAAGCGCAUGGUGGUGAAGGUGUUCGGUGUGUGCCUGUGCCACUCGCUCGACGAGCAUCUGAUAGCGAAUAAGAUCGAUCUCAUCGUCACGAUGGCGAAGGGCGAACGGUGCGAAAAGAACGCCCCGCCCGAGGAGUUCGAGCGGCUGAUGCAGGACUACGCCGAUGCACUAGGCUACGCGUCCGUCGAGCACCUGGACAAGGUGAUGGCCAAGCUAACAGCGCUCGUGAUCGACGAAGGUGCGGUAAAGAAGUCGAGCAGCUUUUUCUCGAAUCUCAAUUUCAUCAAGGACAGCGCCCGGGAGCAGGAAGCGUACCGGCUGAAGGUGCUGGCUCUACAGGCACUGCAUGUGAUCAUCUCCCGCGCCCCGAGGGAAAAGGUGGCCCAGUACUACACCGACCAAGUCGUGCGCUAUCUGAUCGUGCAGUUCGAUAGCAAGGAGCUGUUCAUCAAGCAGCUGGUGGUGAGCACACUCCUCGCGCUGACCGACGUCUUCUCGCCUUCGGACGGCGACGAGCGAAUGACCAGCUUGCGCAACAAGAACGAUCUGCAUCGCAUUUGCAUGGCCACCACAACCGACCAUCAGUCGAACGAGUACCUACCCCUGUUUCCCUCGAUCAUCCAGCUCGCGACCGUGCUGGUGCAGUUGAACGCCGAGGAGCAGCCGGGUCUGGAUGUGAACGGGCUGCUCAACUCAAUCUGCUUCUACUUCUUCACCACGGCCCAGAAUCUGAAGUCGCGCUUCGACUCGGCCGAGGACGACACGCGCAACAGCUACCUCGCGCGCUUUCUCAAUCUCUCGCUGCCGGAGGUGAAUCGGUUUAUCCGGACGCUGCUGGUCCAGCAGAACGCGUCGCCCGCGUGCCUGGACGAUGUGCACUCCAUACUGGAGAAAUGGCUCAAGGAUCGGAACAGUGAGGUGCGCAUUUGCGCCUGUCACGUGUACAACAGCACACUUGAAGUGUACAUGAAGUCGAUGAAGAUUGGCUGCGAGGCACCGUCGAAGUUCAACCAGACCGGCUCAAUGCUCGGAAAGAUCAUACCACGCUGCAUCGACUCGAACGCAACCGUACGCCAGACGGCGGUCGAGGUGCUCAAGAAGAUCCUCGAGAUAGCGUGCGUAUACGAGACGCUGACCGUGGCCGACAGCAGCGUACAGUGGGUGGCCGAGCUCGAUCGCAUCCACGAGGAGAUCGUGACAGACGACGCCAAAGACAUCUACCGGAUCGCCAGCGAGCUUGCGCAGAUCAUCGCCCAGCGCCUGUCCAGCUACCAGUACGUGCAGUUCAGCAAAUGUCUGUUAUACGGUGUGGCCGAUCCGGAACCGAGCUCAGUGAUCGGUGCCUCCUACGUGCUCAAGUUUUUCAUGCACGUCAAGGGCUCAGAGAUGUUCCACGCCAUCCCGGAACUGGUAAAGGAGUGUUUGUAUGCCGUUAAAAUUUGUGAAGUUCCCAGGGCGAAAACAACCAUACUGAAGUCCAUUCUCGCGCUGACCAAGCAUCAUCCUAAGCUGGUGUGCAAUGAAAUUCUCUCCCAGUGCCUACCGCUUGAAGAGCACGUUGUGGAGUACUGGAAGACGCUCACCAUGGAUCCGGAUCUGAGUGGUACAAUUUUGGACAACUUUAUAGUCUCCGUCACGUCGUCCUGUCUGUACGAGCAGCCUCAGCAGCAGCAGCAGGACACACCGGAUACGACCGACGAUACGACGCGCACCGCCACCAUGCAUCCGUUCGCCAUCGUGUGCGUGUUGAAGGAAAUGUUCAAGUGCGAUGAGCUGAAGGCGGAAAUGCGGGCACGAUUUGCAGAGAUUUUCUGCAUGCUGCUGUCGACGCUCGCCUCGUACAUUACGCUGCUGCCGCCGUACAGCGUGCUGGCGCAGCCGAACGUGGCUGGCAACGUUACGAUCCCGAAGAGUGCUCGGCGUGCCAAGGGUCAGCUGGCGCAAGGUCCGGGCAAGGAGACGAUAGCGAAGCUCAACCCGUGCCAGACGAUACUAGACGCAUUCCAGACGUUUCUCGACACGCUCGAUAUGCAACAGAUAUCGAUCGUGCUGUCCGUCUGCCCGGAUCUGGCGGCUAGUACCGAUUUGAACAGCUUCAUCGAGAUCCUGACGCCGCUGGGCGUGGCGACCGCCAGCGAGGUGGGUAUCAAUUCCGCGCUGAUGCGUCAGCUCGUCACCACCAUGAGCCGGUACGUGAGCAGCCCGUACGACACGCAGCGGAUCGCAUCCACCGGCUUCUACGCGCACCUGGUACCACUGCAGCCGUGUGGCGAGACGGCCUCGGUGAUCAUGCUCAGCCUCGAGUCGUCGCUGAACGAUCCGAACCCGCUUGUGCGCGGCCUGAGCAUCCGGGGGAUGGCGUACGUGUGUAGCCUGACGCAGCACGACAUCGACAAGUACGCCACGAUGUGCCUCACGUCGCUGCUCAAGGGUAUCGAGGACUACAACAAGAACUGCUUCAUCAACAUCCCGCUGGACAGCAUGCGCGGCCUGUCCAAGAUACUGCAGACGAUCGAGCCGGCCAAGUUCGAGCCGUUUCAGGUGUCGUCCGCCAUCCGCAUUCGGCCGUUCUUCGAGAAAAACUCCACGGAACUGCGCGAGUCCGCCAUACUGCUCUUCGGUGACGUUUGCGGGCUCAAGGUAAAGCAAAUGGCACUCGGGUCCAGUGGCAGCAGCAGUGCGAACGGUGAGGCGGGCGACACGCUUGUCUCCGAGUCGCUGAUGGAGCAACUGAAGGCCAACUUCUGCUCGUUGCUGCUACAUCUUUGCGAGCAGAGCAGUAUGAUAGCGCGCGCUUGUAAGAUCACGCUGAAGAACAUCUGCGCGGUGUUGGGCACGCCGAAAAUGAACGCACUGGCUCAAACCUGUCUCAUCGAGCAUGGGCAGCUGCAAUAUAGCAACUUUUUGAAAAGUUUCGUCAAGUUAAUCGGAGAAGAAUUGCAAGACUGCGUCAACGAUUUCAUAGACGCGUGUUUGCCACUGCUCCGUAGCCAAUGGCCAGAGAUUCGUGGGAACGCUGCAAUACUUAUAGGUUUGCUACACUGUCAGAACGCCACCGUCAAGUGUCAGCACAUGGAGCAAAUCGGUCAUAAAAUAUCGCUACUGCUGAAGGACGACUGCAUGUCCGUGAAAGUAAGUGCAUCGGAAGCCCUCGGGUAUAUUUACGGAGAGCUGUAGACGCUCUCGGAACGCAGGCAGCUUAUCGUGAUUCGGCCAAACUAAAGCUUUAUACUUGCUUAACAUUUAUACGAUUUAUAUAUACAUAUAUAUAUAUAUAUAUAAACGAUGUGACGCGCGGACACAUUCGUCAACAGCUGCUAGGGAUGCCGGGCUGCGUCCACUUAGCUAAACUUAACAUAUUGUCGCUUUUGUAUGUAUGUUUUCAAUUUUUUCGUUUUGUUUCGGUAUAUUGUCAUAUAUGAAGUUCCAUGUUACGAAUACUACGAGCAAUAGUGGUA